AUGUUUCUGGUUUGUGAGCAUGCAGUUAAAGUGGCAGAUGCGACGCCCAUACUUUCGCUCCAGAACCGCCUUUUCUGUGGUCAAACUCGUGGAAGUGUUCCAGCACCAGCAGCCUGUCCAGAAAUAUUGCGUCCGGUCGCUGGGCUGUUGGACUAUGAGAACGUUGUAGAAACCGGAUCAGAGACAGAAGAAGAGGACAGACUUCUGGUGUCGGAGGAGGACGGCUUGUUCAACGGGGCGGGGAGUCCAGUCAGCCUCGUCAAUCAAGAGUCUGUGGCUCCGCCCUCUCCGACCCUGGGUCACACACUGCUGAGGAAGACUGUGGAUGAUGAAGAUGAUAUGAAGGACAGUGGAAUAGAGAACGUAUGGAACGAAAACGACUUGCUGAGUGCGUCAGUCGAUGGUACCGAUGAGCUGAAGGGAGAAUAUGACACUAUGGGGCCCGAUGCCGCUUUAGAGCCGGUUGGGAACGGUACAGUGAAGAGCGUUCACUGCGCUACUGAGUUUGAGGAUUUCUUCGGGAAGCGUAAACUAGUGGACAGUGAAAGUCAUGUGGUCAGCAUUGCCGAAUACCUCCAGAGAGGAGACACAGCCAUCAUCUACCCCGAGGCACCAGAGGAACUCUCCCGUUCCCGCCUCGCCACGCCCGAAGCCAACGGACACGAGGAGAACGACCUGCCACCUGGAACUCCAGAUGCUUUCGCCCAACUGUUGACCUGCCCCUACUGCGACCGGGGUUACAAACGCUUGACUUCCCUAAAGGAACACAUCAAGUACCGGCACGAGAAAAACGAGGAGAACUUCGCCUGCCCUCUGUGCAGCUACACGUUUGGUUACCGCACUCAGCUGGAGAGACAUAUGGCCACACACAAGCCAGGACGAGAUCAGCACCAGAUACUCAACCAGGGUUCUGGCAACCGCAAGUUCAAAUGCACUGAAUGUGGCAAGGCCUUCAAAUACAAACACCAUCUAAAGGAGCACCUGCGGAUACACAGUGGUGAGAAGCCAUACGAAUGUCCAAACUGUAAGAAGAGAUUCUCGCACUCCGGGUCCUACAGUUCACACAUAAGCAGUAAGAAAUGCAUCGGACUGAUCGCCAUCAAUGGCAGGGUGAGGAACAACUUGAAGACGGGUUCAUCUCCGACCUCUGCAUCAUCCUCCCCUACAAACACCGCCAUUUCGCAGCUACGACACAAACUGGAGAAUGGCAAACCCCUUGGUCUGGAAGACCAGUCCAACCACCUCAACAUCAAAUCUGAACCACUGGACUUCAACGACUAUAAGCUGAUGAUGGCCUCUCAUGGCUACGGUACAGGCAGCCCCUUCCUCAAUGGUGGUGUGAGGGGAGGCAGCCCACUGGGCAUUCAUAACUCCCAGAGUCCCCUUCAGCACCUGGGCAUGGGGAUGGAGGGGCAAAUGCUGGGAUACCCAUCACUGGGAAAUAACCUGAGCGAGGUACAGAGGGUCCUGCAGAUCGUGGACAACACAGUUUGUCGACAAAAGAUGGACUGCAAGCCAGAGGAGAUCUCCAAGUUGAAGGCGUACAUGAAGGAGUUGGGUUCCCACAUAGAGGAACAGAAGCAAGCGCUCAUCUCUACCGGUGGACCCCAGAACACUCUUCCUCUUAUCAAUCACAAUGGUGCCACCAAGAGCAUCAUAGACUACACGCUUGAGAAGGUCAACGAAGCCAAAGCCUGCCUUCAGAGCUUGACUAUGGACUCUAAGAGGCAAAUUAGCAAUAUCAAAAAAGAGAAGGCAAAUCAUAUGCUAGAUAUAGUUAUAGAGGACAAAACGCACGAGAAUAAUAAUCUAAUGUUUACACCCUUCUCCUGCCAGUAUUGCAAAGAGACCUUCCCUGGCCCCAUUCCCCUGCACCAGCAUGAGCGCUACCUUUGCAAGAUGAAUGAGGAAAUCAAGGCCGUGCUUCAGCCCGCUCAGAACGCCUCGACCAACAAAACCGGCUUGUUUGCUGAGAAACACAGCCUCUUGCACCCCUCCGUCAUCCCUGAGAAGGGCAUCAACGGCCCUAUCAGUCCCUACAAGGACCACAUGUCAGUGCUGAAAGCUUAUUUCGCCAUGAACAUGGAGCCCAACUCGGAAGAACUACUGAAAAUCUCCAUAGCAGUCGGCCUUCCACAGGAGUUCGUGAAAGAGUGGUUUGAGCAAAGGAAAUUCUUUCAGUACGCAAACUCCAGGACUCCUCCUUUAGACAGGAACCAUGUGGAGUCUGGACAUCCGGUCUCCGUUCACACGCCCAUUAAAGACUCAUUAGGCAUCCGGUCUCCGAUGUCCCUGGUAAAAGGUACUGACCGCAUCACAUCCCCCUCCAUCCCCGAGCUUCAUAACAACAUUAACAACUGCGACACCCCACUCAGGCUCUCCAAAACCCUUCAGUUCUCCAACCACAAGCUGCUGGGGGAUAAGCUGGACCACUCCAGAAGCAACACGCCAUCUCCUCUAAACUUGUCGUCCGCCUCCUCCAAAAACUCCCACACUAGCUCUUACACACCCAACAGCUUCACCUCUGAGGACCUGCAGGCUGAACCUCUUGACCUCUCAUUGCCAAAGCUCAUGAAGGAGCCAAAGCACAUCUUGACUGUGAAAAGCCGACCCAAGCUAAACAGCACCCCCACUGACCAUAACCACGUCAUGAUGCCCCGGGAGCACGCAGACGAGCCGCUCAACCUGGCUUAUCUGUCCAAGAAAGAGUUUGGCAGCCCCAAUGCAAACAGCAAUCUGAACAAAAGCUCGAGCCCAAUGUUUGGUCUGAACCCCUUCACUGCCAAACCCCUGUAUACCUCCUUGCCACCCCAAAAUGCAUUUCCACCCCCCACGUUUAUGCCCCCGGUGCAAGCCAGCCUCCCGGGGCUGAGACCCUACCCCAGCCUCGACCAGAUAAGCUUCUUGCCGCACAUGGCCUACACGUACGCGGCAGGCGCAGCCAGCUUCGCCGAGAUGCAGCAUAGGAGAAAAUACCAGCGGAAGCCAGGGUUCCAGAGCGAGCUUCUCGACGGGCCGGCAGAUUAUCUGAGCAGUCUAGAUGAUAUGGCCGACCCCGAGGCCUGUCUGUCCAGGAAGAAGAUUAAGAAAACAGAAAGUGGUAUGUACGCGUGUGACCUUUGCGACAAAACAUUCCAGAAGAGCAGUUCCCUCCUCAGACACAAAUAUGAACACACAGGUAAACGGCCGCACCAGUGUCAGAUCUGCAAGAAAGCGUUUAAACACAAGCAUCAUCUGAUUGAACACAGCCGCCUGCACUCCGGAGAGAAGCCCUACCAGUGCGACAAAUGUGGAAAGCGCUUCUCGCACUCAGGCUCGUACUCACAGCACAUGAACCACAGGUACUCGUACUGCAAAAGAGAGGCGGAGGAGCGCGAGGCGGCCGAGCGAGAAGCCCGAGAGAAGGGUCACCUGGAGCCCACGGAGCUGCUGCUAAACCGGGCGUACCUGCAGGGCAUCGCUCCACCCGGAUACCCAGAGCAUACACCAGAGCCUAUCCUGAGGGACGGCCUGAACGGGAGCAUUCGGGAGCGACUCAAGGAGGUGGAAGGAGCGUUUGUGAAGAUGGGCCGGCGAGACGAGGAGUUCGAGGAGGAGGAAGAAGAGAGCGAAAACAAAAGCAUGGACACCGACGGGGACACCAUGAGGGACGAGGAGGAAAACGGCGAGCACUCGAUGGACGAGAGCUCCGUGGACGGCAAAACCGAAUCCAAAUGGGAUCCUGAGGACGGCGUGGAGGACGCGGUGUAGCCACUCGCUCGGGGAACGGGUCGUCUGCGAAGCUGCAUUAUGCAAAAAUAAAAAAAAGGAAAAUAAAAUAAAUGAAGUUUUAAAAACGUGUACAGUAUUAAGGCCUAACGUAUGUGUGGUGCUACCAUCCUAUGUGUUCCAUAGUAUUAAUAGCACAAACUAGUAACUUGUACAAAAAUUGCGCUCUCCUUCUAUAAUCACUACGAGCAU